AUGGCGGGCAGUGGUGGCUCGCUGCUGCGCGGCUUCCUGUCCCUCUUCUUCCUCCUGUUCCUCCACAUUGGCCACGCCAGCUGCUGCUUCUCCCCCGGCCCUGCCGCGCGGGCGCGGGAGGAGGACGAAGCAGCGGACGCCGAUGGCGAUGGGAAGGUAGGCGGUGGAGGUGGGAGCAGCAAGAGGAGGAAGACAUCGCCGUUGAUCUUCUCCCCGGCAGCGUCGUCCUCUGCCGUUACCAGCGAUAGAGUCAGAGGAGCCCCGGGCAGGCACGUGUCGUCUCUCGCCACCAGCCUCCGGUUCUACCUCCACCGCAUCUUCUCCUCCUCCGGGUCCGGGGCCAAGAACGGCGGCACCGUUGCGGGCAGCAGGGAGGAAGAGGAGGUGGUGACCACCACCGUAUCUUCGCCGCUUGCCCAGUCUCUGCCGCACCAGCCUUCGACGUCGGUGGUGCUGUCCACGCCGUCGUCACCGUGCGCGUCGUCGCCGUUCAUGUCGCCGCUCUCGGUGCGCUCCCUCAGCGCCACCCCCGUCCCGUCCUCGCCGCAGAAGCUGAUGCAGGCGAGCAGGCAGUCGUCGCGGUCGUUCGCCGCCCGCGGCGACGUGUUCCCCUGCAAGGUGUGCGGCGAGGUGCUGGGCAGGCCGCAGCUGCUGGAGCUCCACCAGGCGAUGAAGCACUCCCUGUCGGAGCUCACCCACCUCGACUCCAGCCUCAACAUCAUCCGCAUGAUCUUCCUCGCCGGGUGGAAGCCCGCCGCGGCAUCCGGUGCCGGUGCCGGCAAGGCCCCCGCGGUGCGCCGCAUCCUCAGGAUCCACCACAACCCGCGCGAGCUGGCCCGCUUCGAGGAGUACCGCGACCUCGUCCGCGCCCGUGCUGCCCGGCGCUGCGGCGAGGGCGCCGUCGUGGAGGAGCGCUGCAUCGUGGACGGCAACGAGCGCCUGCGCUUCCACUGCUCCACCAUGCUCUGCUCCCUGGGCGGCGGCGGCGUGUGCGGGAGCCCCUACUGCUGCGUGUGCAGCACCCUGCGGCACGGCUUCGCGGGCAAGCAGGCCGACGUGGACGGCAUCGCCACCUACGCCUCCGCGUGGGCCGCGCACGCGUCCCUGCCCGCCGACGUGGAGCGCGAGUUCGCCUUCCUCCAGGUGCGCCGCGCCAUGCUGGUGUGCCGCGUCGUGGCGGGCCGCGUCGCCCGAGGCCCCGCGGACGACAAGGUGGCCUACGACUCCAUGGUCCCCGUGCGCGGCGGCGUCAGCGCUGUCGGGGGCGACGACGUCGAGCUGCUGGUGUACAACCCCAGAGCAGUGCUCCCGUGCUUCGUCAUCCUCUACAGCAGCUAG